AUGAGGGGUACCAUUCUUGGCCUGCUAGUGAGAAUGCUAGAUGCCUGGCUGUGUUGGGUUUCAAAGGUUCGGAGUGUAGGACCUGGAAAAAAGCAUGUAGCAAGUGAAAGUCAAUGUUACAAGCUUCCAGAACCAGGGGGAACUACCAGAGACCUGCCCUCCACCCACUAUCUUCUAGAAGCUUCUCCAAGCUUCCAUAACCAGGUGGAACUACCAGAGACCUGCCCUGUGGAGUCCUCCAGCCUGACCUGGAAGAGCAGCGCAGGAGAGACCAGAACCAGGCACAGAGAGCGCAGAGACACCAGAGAGACAGAGAGACACCAGAGAGCGCAGAGACACAGAGAGACAGAGAGACACCAGAGUGCGCAGAGACACAGAGAGACUCCAGAGAGCGCAGAGAUACCAGAGACAGAGAGACAUCAGAGAGACUCCAGAGAGCGCAGAGACACCAGAGACAGAGAGACAUCAGAGAGACUCCAGAGAGCGCAGAGACACAGAGAGACUCCAGAGAGCGCAGAGAUACCAGAGACAGAGAGACAUCAGAGAGACUCCAGAGAGCGCAGAGACACCAGAGACAGAGAGACAUCAGAGAGACUCCAGAGAGCGCAGAGACACCAGAGACAGAGAGACAUCAGAGAGACUCCAGAGAGCGCAGAGAGACUCCAGAGAGCGCAGAGACAGAGAGACUCCAGAGAGCGCAGAGACUUCAGAGACACUUCAAAAGACACUUCUGAGACUCUUCAGAGACACAGAGAGACUCCAGAGAGACUCCAGAGAGCGCAGUGCAUGGAAAGAGACGGCUGA